AUGGGAUAUGUUUUUCGGUGUGAUGCAAAGUUCUUUCCAAGCCAUCAUGUGAGGACAAAUAGUCACAUCAUUCUGAUUGAUGAGGAGGACACCCAGGAUGAGACGAACAAUAGUGGAGUGAAGGCAAUACUGAGCUUUUAUAAAGCCUCAUUCUAUGGGUUAGAAGGAGAAAGUGUGAUGCAGGAGGCCUGGGAAUUCAGUUCUAAACAUCUUAAAGAUCUUGACGAUAAGGAUGUCGACCAAAAUCUUGUAGCGCUUGUUGAGCAUGCCUUGGAGCUUCCUUUUCAUUGGUGGGCGCCACGAUUUGAGACCACAUGGUUCAUAGAUUUAUAUGAGAGAAAGGAAGACAAGAAUCACCUUUUACUCGAGCUUGCAAGGGUGGACUUUAAUAUUUUACAGGGAAUUCUUAAUGACACAUUGAGGUCAGCAACCCUUCCUCAACUUUUUGUCCCUGUGAUUGGAGUCAAGUUGAUAUUUUUCUCUUUUGCUUGUGAAGGUGGUGGGAGAAUAUUGGUCUUGGAAAGUUUGACUUUUGUUAGGGACAGCUUCAUAGCAUCAUAUUUAUGGGCUUUGGGUAUAGCUUUUCAGCCUCAGUACUCUUACUGCAGGAAAGUCAUUACGAAGGCCAUUGCUCUAAUUACAGUAAUAGAUGAUAUUUAUGAUGUUUAUGGUACCUUGCCUGAACUUGAGCUCUUGACUGAUGCCAGUACGAGGUGGGACAUUAAAGCAAUGAAACAACUUCCCAGUUACAUGAAAACAAGUUUUCUCUCACUAUUCAAUUUUAUUAAUGAAAUGGCUUAUCACAUUCUCAAAGAACAGAAUUCAGACGUCUCAAUGACUCUAACCAAAAUGUGGAAAAUUUUGGCGCAAAGCUAUAUGACAGAGGCCAGAUGGUACCACAAUCAGUAUAAGCCAACAUUAGAUGAAUAUUUGAAUAAUGCUUAUUUAUCAAUUACGGGUCCUAUUAUAGCAACUCUAUCAUAUAUAUCGUCAGCAAAUCCAAUAUUAGAGAAGGACUUAGAAUUUCUAGAAAGCAUUCCGGAUAUUGUAAAAUGGUCAUCCUUGGUUUUCCGACUUCAAGAUGAUUUGGGAACUUCACCGGACGAGAUAAAGAGAGGUGAUGUACCUAAAUCAAUCCAAUGUUACAUGAAUGACACUGGUUGUUCCGAGGAAGUUGCCUGCAAAUACAUUAAGGAUCUAACAAGGAAGAUAUGGAAGAAGAUAAAUGUAUACAGAGCUACAACAAAUUGUCCCUUACCCCAACCUAUUGUUGAAAUGAUAAUAAAUCUUGUGAGAACUUCCCAUUAUUUUUAUCAACAUGGAGAUGGGCAUGGCGGUGGAGGUCAAGAGAUUAAGGAUGUUAUGCUUUCAUCACUCUUUCAACCCAUUUCAUUGGAGGAAAUUAAAUAG